AUGGCCGCGCAGGAUCGGAAGCGACUGACUGUGCAAGACUACCACGUCGCAUGGAUUUGUGCUGUCCGGGAUAUCGAACUCCUCCCCGCGCGCUUGAUGCUUGAUGUCGAUCACCUCGCACCGGGCUACGACACAGAAUACAACGAAUACACUUAUCUUUUCGGGGAGAUCAACCGCCACAACGUCGUUCUAGCCACUCUCCUCGAUUCCAAGAAAGGCAAUGUCAACUCUGGCCAUCUCGCAAGCCAGCUUUUCCGGACCUUCCCCGCAAUUCGCAUCACCUUGCUUGUCGGGAUCGGAGGCGGUAUUCCAUCAAGUCCGCCCCAUGCCAACCCCCUGCAAGACAUUCACCUCGGAGAUGUUGUCGUCGGAUAUCCGCUUUCUGGGAAUCCCCCUUCUAUCUAUUAUGCGUAUGGAAGGUUCAAGCCAGGAGGUCGAGAGGUCCUCGAUAAGGGCCGGAUGGAAUAUCCUGAUCGUCGGGCUUUGAGUGGGCUGGACGUACUUAUCUCAGACUACGAGUUCGACCCUGAGGAGGUGCGAGCACGGCUUUCGGAGCAGCUCAAACGACUACGAGAUAACAAAAGGCAUGGCCACAAAUUCCGACUGCCUCCGCCCGACUCCGACAAGCUGUUCAAAUCCGAUAAUCACCACCAGGGGGACUGGGGUGACUGCGAUAAAUGUCACGGGCUCGAGCUAGUCAAGCGUCCCCCACGUCAAGACGAGGAUCGGGAGACGCUUGUGUUCCACAGAGGAAUGGUUGCUAUAGGAGAUCAAGUGAUUCGAGACGGGGAGGAGAGGGAAAGGAUCCGCGAGCUUUGCGACGGCUUUGCGCGGUGUGUCGACAUGGUGGCAGCCGGCGUGGAGAUCAACAGGAAGUGCUUGAUCAUUCGCGGGAUAUCCAACUAUGCAGACUCGCACAAAAACGACGAGUGGAAGCAGUGUGCGGCGGGUCACGCCGCCGCCUUUGCUCGCCAGCUCCUCUGCACGAUCCCGGCGGGUGAGCUGCGCGCAAAAGAAGAGUCUGAGAAGAUCGGUCGUUCCCAUGAAGUCACCGCACCGUUCAUUGUUCCAUACUGCCAGAAUCCCGACUUCAUCGGCCGUUCGGACAUUCUGAAGGAACUGGCAGCCAAGCUCGGGCAUGCGGGAAAGGCCCCUGAGAAGAACCACGCCCAUCUAAGAGCAUGCAUCCACGGCCUAGGCGGCGUCGGGAAAACGCAAAUCGCCGUUGCAUACCUAUUCCAACUCCGAGCCGCCCUCCCAGACGUGGGGAUCUUCUGGGCCCACGACGGCACCGCCGAACGGUUUCGCAAGUCAUACCUAGACAUUGCUCAGCAAUGCAAGAUCUCAAGGCGCGACGGCCCCGAAGACUCCGGCAACGCGCUGUCUUUGGUCAAGGACUGGCUCGCGAGCGAGAAAGCCGGCCGGUGGCUUAUGGUCGUUGACAACGCAGACGAUGCGCAGGUGUUAUUCCCCUCGACCCCGCAGAUCUCUCGACGCUCUCGUUCCGACUUGGUGGCCUGCCCCUGGCCGCUGGUCCAAGCAGCCGCCUACAUGAAUGCGCAGACUAGCUCUGUCAGGCAGUAUAUCGCCAUACUCGACGAGAGUGACGACAGCCUCGUUGACAUCCUCAGCAAAGAAUUCGAAGCCAUUGACAGGGAGUCGGAAACCCCUCGGGCGGUCAUGAAAACCUGGAUCCUCACCUUCAGGCAGAUUCAGAAGCAGAAUCCCUUUGCCAGCAAAUUGCUGUCCCUUAUGAGCUUCUUCGAUCGACAGGCAAUCCCAAGGCAGCUGUUAUCUAUCCGCAGCAACCACGAGGGGAAACAGCAGCAAAACUUGGACCGGAAAGCCGGCUCCCGGUCGCGCCGAGCAGCCAAGGCGUUUAUGGCCUUACGCUCGGUUUUCGCAUCUAGAACUAGCCCUGUUCAGCUCAAGGCCAGCUUGGAAGCGGAGCACUCCGAAGGCGACCGCCAUGGACGGACGACCCAGCCUCUCGUCGCCGUGGAGAGUGCCCUCGAGCCUUCGCUCAGCGUGCUGAAAGCAUUCUCUCUCGUGAGCGAGAACAACGAUGGCACUGUGGAUAUGCACCGCCUCGUACAACUGGCCACGCGAAUGUGGCUGGAGAACGAGGGCAUCGCAUCCGAGUUCGCAACGCAUGCUCUUGUCGUGGCCAGUCAAAGCUAUCCCGACGGCAUGCAGUUUGAGAACAAAGAUGAAUGUCUCUGCCUUGCCCCGCACGCCUCUGCAGUGCUCAAGCCGCAGAUCCAAGAGACCGAGGAAUCGGGGACCGCAAGGGCACUCCUCCUCUACAAUAUUGCUGGGCUGAGGCUGCAAGAAUAUCGCGGCGAGAUUGCCCAGAGUUUUCUGGAAGAGUCACUCCAAAUCCGCGAAAGAUUGUGGGGAAAAGAGCAUUUAGAAACGAUGAAGGUAAUGCAGAGGCUGGGGAUGGCAUAUCACUUGCAGGACAAGCUUUCCAAAGCUGCAGAACUGUGGAAAGAUUUGCUCAUAGCAGCAGAAGUCUUGCUCGGCAGGGAUAACAGCUUUACUGUGGAGACAAUGGGCAACCUUUCCGAAACAAAAAGGAGCCAGGGGCGACUGGUGGAAGCGAAGGCGUUGGGAAACGAAGCGUUGAAGAGAGCAAAAAAGUUGUUCGGGGAAGAUCAUGAGCUUACCUUGAUCGCCAAGAAACGACUGUCGCGCGAUGCGCUCGCUGGGCGCGGUACCCACUACCGCACCCCUGUUGAUGCCGGCGGGUGCCCGCCCGAGCCGGUACCAGAAGCCCCCGACGAGGACGAAGACGCGCUCGCAUAUUACUCAGACCCAGAGUCGGACUCAGAGUGCGCGUCCACAAUGGCAGGCAAGCGAGACACCCUGGGCACGCCGGCCAAGCAGAAGGCCAUCAGCAUUGCCCCCACCGGCUCUCGGAGUGGCGGCAAGCGUGCCGCAUACGAGGAGACUCCGCUUGCCUCGGCGAACAAGCGGCAGCGCCUGCAAGCUGCCAUAAACAACGUGGUCGCCGAAACCCAGGGCGACGACGAGGAGGAAGAGGUGGCCAUGGUCAUCAGCCGCCUCAAGACCGACAUCAAUUUCCGCAAGGCUGCGGGCCUAGAGCUCGUUUCACACGCUUGCCCGUCGGCCCACUCUCCGAACAUGCUUGGGGCAUCAGCAAUCACUCCGAUCACACUCAAUGAUCAGUCGGCGAAGGAGGCCGACCCGGCGGUGAAGCUGCUGUUCCUAGCGCCGACCAAGGAGGCCCACAAGCAGUCGGCGAUCCAAGUGCGCCCCGAGAAUCCCCACAACCUGGGCAUAACACCCGUGCAGAUCUUCCGUGCCAAGGCCUAG